AGCGGUGCGGGCUGUCCCGCACUUUUCGUCUGUUGUGUAUUCACUCGGUGUCCAUUAUUUUCGCCGGUUUAAUUUUCAGAUUGCCGAGAUUCGAAAAGAAAUGAGCUGGUUUCGCAUUUGUUUCAGCAAUAGAGGGGGCGAAAGGGGCUUCGCCACAAGAAAAUACAUUUUGAAAGGACGUGAAGCGUCACGGUAUUCUCUCGAUCCUGUGCUCGACUGUUGAUUUCUCCGCCUUGCGGCCGCACAGGGGCCUUUUAAUUCCGGAAGUUAAACCGCGGAAUCUCUUCUUUCUGCGGCGAAGGUGGAGGAGGGAGACGUGAGUUGUAAACGAAAUAUCCACUAAUAAACUUUAUAGUUACGUUUUUUGUUUUUUGUUUUGGGUAUAGAUAUAUCAUUUGUAAGUAAAACUGCACGCGUCAUUUUAGUAACAAUAUUACUGUAUUUUCUUGUUCGAGGAUAUUAUGCUAGACGGUACAUAGACUGUAAAAAAGCGCCUUGGCCUGCUUUGGGGGCCUUUUGGUUUGGUCGGCUUUUCGCAUUGCAAUAUGUGAGAGCAUUUUGAUACCAUCAGAGAAGAGGAGUACUCCGAUCGCUCAGUUCACUUGUCCUUUUAUGCCUUUGACUUCCACUUACAGACUUUUUUUUCCUGGAGACUUGUUAGUCUGUGGCUUUGUUUUCUCUGUGCUACUGAGCUAAAAUACAGCUUUGUCUGGCAAUGUCCCAGAAGACCCCAUCUAACAGUGUUCAUAAGGGCUUUACUGCAGGACGAGGUCUCCUUGCUGCUGCAGAGUCUCUGAAUUUCAGCAUGAGUGACCAGCGUUCCCAUGACUUCUACCCUCCAUCGUCAAGGCCCUCUAAUAGCAUGACAUCUCCUUUAAGGGCUGAGGGCCGAGGCCAGGAUUCUUACCCUUCGCUACGCACUGGAAAUGUUGACAAUGCUAUGAAGCUCUUUGCUAGUCUUGGUCUUUCACCCAAAGACCUGGAUAUACUGGCACAGAUUCCUGAAGAUAACAUCAGUGUGGAAACGUUGCCGCGUCUUAUAAUGCAGCUUAAGGCCAGAAAAGGUGAAGGGAGCCGCCGUAUGAAUGACCCUAGAGAUCUUCCACCCCUCUUACCGGAUCCCCCCUACCGGGCUUCCAGGGAUGACUGGAAUGACGUCAGGCAUGCUAGGCCUGCCAGUUCUGUCGGAGAAUCUUCUGGCCGCAGUCAAGCAGUUGACUUUAGUUACGGCCACGCGCAGGAGGGGCAGUCCAGAAGCUUUGAGAGAAUAGGCUAUUCCGAGGGAGGCAGCAGAGAUCGCCGUUAUUCUGAGCUUUCCCAGAAUCGCUAUGGUUCCGACAAUCAGCAAAUGGGCACGUCUCUGGGAUCCGAAAGCCUGUUUAUGCAGAGGAGGACAGGGUCCCCCUCUCCUGGCAAAGUUCAGGAUUUCCAUGGAGUCAUGCCCCGGUUGUUCCCUCAUGUGUGCUCACUUUGUGAUUUUGAUGUGCAUUCUAGCAUGGAGUGGACUCAGCACAUUAACGGGCUACGACAUGCAGAGUGUCGUCGACUCCUCCUUCAAGUGUAUCCAGACUGGGAUCCUCAAAGUCUGGCAAACAGAGUGCCAGAUGCCCUCCUGCUGGAAACAACCAAUCGAGCAGAAGGGAUUCUGGGUCCUGCACCCCUUGUUCCUGGGCUUCAGAGAGGCGGGCUGACCUCCACCUGGACUCCAGGCAAUCUACUUUCAGGCCAAGGUGAUGCAGCCUUUCCUUCAAAGCCAAAGAUAAGAACCAAAGUGGUGGUUGCAAAGUUUGACAGAGGGGUAGUUACCCUGAGUGGUUUGAAGUCGCUGAUCCAGCCAUUUGGAACAUUAUGUCAACAUCUAGUACUGCAGAAUAAGGCGUUCUUGGAAAUGUUAACGCAUGAAGAGGCAGCAGCUGUGGUGAAUUUUUACCAACAGAAACCAGCUGUGAUCCAUGGGAAAAAAAUCACUUUAUAUUUGUCUCCAGAGAUCUACACUAUUAACAAACGCAGAAGUGGAGAAAGCAGAGAGAGUCAAGUGGUGUAUUUCUGUAACUUGCCAAAAGUGAAAGAGAAGAAGACUGAAUUGUUGGCUGCAGCCAACCGCUUCGGAGUUGUGGAGAAGUACCUGUUUUUGAAUGAGCAGGCAUUUGUGCAAAUGAAAGACCCUGAAGACGCAAAGAUGAUGGUGAAAUACUAUACUUUACACCCUCUUCACAUCAGAGGCCGAACUAUCAGACUGAACAUCUGUACAAAGUACAAGACCCUCACAGUGAAUCCUUCCAAGAGUACUUCAGGGAAGCUGGAGAGAAGCAGCAGCAGCAGCAUAGGGAGCAAAGACCUGUGUAAAAAGCCACAAUCCACAACCAAGGAGAAGACCUCCAGAGAUAAAGCUGCUUCUGCUGGAAAAAAGAAAGAGGAGCAUGAAGCCAAACCCGAGGAAAAUUCUGGAGACGAAGGGUCUGGGGUGAUGGCAAGGGAAGGGGGUGCAGAGGGGAUUGAGGUAGAAGAGGGAAUGGAGGAAGACUCAGAGGAACUAGCUCAGGCCUUGGAGAUGUCUGAAAGCCAAGAGGAGGAGCAGGAAUCUGACACUUUGGUCCAAGAAGAACCAAACAAGGAGCCUACGGCAGAAUUUGAAAUCAAACCAGAAGAGCCAGAGGCCACGCCCCUGGACGUUUCUGAAACAACGGAGCCAGCUGAAAACGAGGAGCCCCAGGAGCCUGCUGAGAUGAACGCGCUACCGGAGAAACCCACUGAAGGUUUGGAGGUUCCAGCAGAGGUAGUUCCAGAAGAGAUGGGGGAGAGUGCAGAGGUACCAACAGAAGAGAGAGACAAUGAAGAGGAAGGGUUUCUGGAGCAGGAUUUCCCAGAGAACAUGGAGGAUUUUGUUACUUUGGAUGAGUUUGCAGAUGAAGAUUCGGCAGAUCUUUCACAGCUUGUGUCAGAAACCGAAAUGGACACUUCAAGAGAUUCAAAGAGGGAAUCCCAGGAAGGGAAAGUUGUUAAUGUUAGAGGAUUUAAAAGAGGUUACAACUUCCUAACCGAUAUCCUGAAACUUGCCAAGCCUUUUGGGAAAGUUGUACAACAUCUGGUACUGGACACCAGGCAUGAGGCGUUUUUGGAAAUGGCAACACCUGAGGAGGCAAAAGCAAUGGUCGAAUUCUACAAUACAAAUGUCACGGCAAUGGUGUGUGGAAAACCUGUGAAUAUACACCUCUCACACACCUAUAAGACCAUACAGUUUCAGGAGAAAACAAGUGGAAGAGUCAUCUAUAUUGGACAGAUCCCCUGGUUUAGGUUCACAGAUGCCUCACUUUUAAAACUUGCUCAGCCUUUUGGAACUGUGAAGCGGUAUCUUAUUAAUCGGAACCGUAAAGAGUGUUUCAUUGAAAUGGCAGAACCUGAACAGGCAGAGAAAAUGGCACAGGCUUACAAAGACAACCCACCUAAAUUUGGAGGCAAAUGGCUGACUGUGUAUGUGAGCAAAAAAUAUAAAACACUUCGAGGACGUAAGCCCUCUCCUUCCGACGCUGAAGAGGAAAGGAAACCCAAGAGAGAGCGGACAGAGAGCACCAAGAGUGAGGAGGAUGCGCCUGGCAGCUCGGAGUCUAAAGCCAAGGCUACAGAAGAGGGCCCCCCAGUGAAGAAGCUCUGCACUCGAGAGGAGAGAGGCUCGCCAGAGAAGCCGGACGGCAAAGAGCUGCUGGAGGAGUCUGCCACGAAGAGUGAGCAGGGAGAUGCUGCGGAUGUGAAGAGCAGCGACUCGGAAGAGAAGAACAGUGAAUCUCCAGACACUGCAGAAUGCCAGAAAAGUGCUGAAGAGGAGCCCAGUAGUGAUGAUGCAGGUGGAGCUGCAUCUUCCAAUGGAGAGACUACCCAGGUCUGUGAUAAAGAGGAGACUCCUCAGACUAAACCACGGCCUGAGAGUAAGCCAGAGCUGACACCUGUCCCUCUAGGGCCAUACCAGCCCAACAAUCCUGUAGGUGUGGAGUAUGUGAAGAUGGGGUACUAUUGCAGAGUCUGCUUCCUGUUCUACUCCAAUGAGGAAACUGCAAAGAAAGUUCACUGCAGUAGCCUGUCUCAUUAUCAGAAACUGAAGAAACACCUGGAUAAAGAGAGAGCCAAUAAUUCCCAAUGAGAUUUAAGUGUUAAAAAUUGAUCCUAUUUUCAGCCUAUAACAUACUCAAGUGUGAAAGAUCCAUGCAAGAACAAAGUAUUAGCUUUCUUGAGGAAAAUUCCUAUUUUAUACAUUGAUUUCUUAUGGUUGUAAUAGUUUUAAUGUUGCAUGUGCUUAAAAGGAUCCAGUUUUAUUUUCAUUUAUUUUUUGACAAUUCCCCAGUGCAUUGAUACAUUGGAAAAGAUGCAAUGUCCUAAUUUGCUUAAAGAAAAACUGUAAAACUUCUCUUUGGAUUCUCAGUAUACCAGUGGGAAAAGUACGGCAUCUUUAAAUGUUUCUUUUUUCAGGUUAGAUUUUUAUAAUGUUUUCUCUCAUGUUAUUUUCUUUUUCCAUAGAUUUGAUCCAUUUCUGUAAGCAUCACAAUAAAUGCUUCAGUUGCACAGUGAAGUUUUGUCUGUGCUUCUCAGUGUGCAUAAGUAGUUGAUUUCUAAUGUAUUACAAACCACACGUUGUCAGAAGGGUCAUUAAUUUUUCUCAACACCAGUGAUUUAAAAAAAUAAACUACAGUGAAACUAAGAAUUGAUUGAGGUUUUGUUUCUGAUUUAAAUAUAUGCUAAAGAUUUUGUUCUGUCAGAAAUGGUCAAGAAGUUAAAUGGACUGCUACAAGGUAUUACUUCUUAGCCAUACAAAUUAGACCAUGUAAGAUGAAAUUGGUGAUAAUGCAAAAAUAAGACUUAAGUCUUCAGUAGGUAAACAAUUUUCUACAAUUUUAAACUGAUUUAUUGUAUCUUAAAUCUAAGCAAUACAUUUAUGGUCUGUAGUCUGAAAAAUUCUACUGUAUAAGGACUGUUUUGGAGUCAACCACAGGUAGUCCUCGAUUUAAGACAGGGUUAGGUUCCAAAGACCCCAUCAUGUCGAUUUCGUCGCAGUCGAAGAUCGCGUGUAUCGCGAUUCUACACGAGCCAUAUGGAUGUGUAAAGAAGUAACAUCCAUAAAUGCUACAUUGUGUAAUACACUUUUGUUAUAUUUUUUUUGCCAGUUUCGCUCUUUACUCAUGAUAAAAUACAAUGUAGAUAUUAUAAAAUGAAAUACACUAAAAGUAAUCAAUAAUGGAAAAAAGUGGUGCCUUGAACUUGCCAAUAAUGUAGUCAGCUGAAUGCACACUGGGCCCAAACACUUUUUUUACUUGCUAGCCAUUUGCUUGCUAACCACCCAAUCAAUAACAUGUGGCAGCAUGGUGUCGCGCAGGCUGAUGACGUCAUCAAUGUUGGACGUUACGACCAAACGCUGGGACACAAAAUACGUACUGUACAGUAAUACGAUUAAGGGGAUGGCCAUCAUAAGUUCGAGGGGUCGUAAGUCGCAUACAUCAUAAAUCGAGGACUACCUAUAUUAUUCUUGGCAUAGUUUAAAGUACUAUAAAGCUCAGUUAAGAAAACAAGCUGUUAGCAAUGUUAAACUGAUUUGUAAAAGCAAAUCAAAAUAGUCACAUGGGUGAAAAUAAACAUUUUUAAGAGAAA